AUGCCGCCGAUACCAAUCCCGGCCGCCUCGUCGCGACGCUGCCUCUCCUCACUGAUCCUCACAUCCACACCCUCACACACAUCAUCCGCCUUCGAAACGCCGAUAUCAACCACAAUCCGCGCCCUCAGCACCACUUCCACCCUAUCGCGCCAGCGCCCCUCGCACCUGACCGUGUCCCCGGACCAAGUACCCGAGUACCCGUACGGGCCCUUCCGAACAUACAAGCAAGCGAACGAGGGCCUAUUCGGCGGGCAGAAGAUCCGGUUCGGCAACGUCGUGGCCGAGGAGUACGGCAACAAGUCGCGCACGACCUGGCUGCCGAACCGGCAGACGAAGCGGCUCUGGUCGCGCAGCCUGAACACCUUCAUCCGCACCCGCAUGACGGCCCGCGUGCUCAAGACCAUCGACCGCCUCGGCGGCAUCGACGAGUACCUCCUCGGCUCCAAGACCCAGCGGAUCAAGGACCUGGGCCCCGCCGGCUGGGCCCUCCGCUGGAAGAUCAUCCAGACGCCCGCCGUACAAGAGCGCUUUGCGCGGGAGCGCGCCGCCAUGGGUCUUCCGCCGAAAGAGGCUGCUGAUAGUACGGACCUGCCCAGCGAACUCGCCGCCGAGGGGUUCACGUCUAAUUCCGUGCUGAACGAGGUGGAAGAGAUGAUACAACGGGACGAGGAGUUCGUCAUAGGCAAAGUAGAGGAAGGCGAGCAAGUGGUGGCCAAAGUAGAUGAGGCCGAAGAGGCUACUGCUACUAAAGAGAUCGAGUUCAUGAAGGAAGAAAAUCCGAGGGAUAACGCGAAGACGCCAGGACCAUGA